AUGGCUGACCAAGUUACAUCUGAAAAUUCGACCAUGAGCUCGAUGGAAAUAUGCGCUCGAGAUGUUAGCCUCAUCGAGUCGUUCAUUUUCUCUGGAAUCGUAUUCUAUGUAUUCAUGUUCGCCAUGCAGAAAAUCGUCUCAUUUUGCAUCAACUAUCGUACUGAUAAGAAGAUAACUAUCCCUUAUGAAUGCACACUCUUCUCCAAAAUCAUUGCAUUUAAUGAAAUGACAGUGUGCUGCUUCUCCGUUUUCUUUUUGAUCUACUACGCGCUGAAAUACAACACUUACUUUCCAUGGAUCUUCUAUUCGUGGGGACCACUUUUGGGCUUGUUCGCAGUCACAAAGUUGCUCACAGAGAUGCUCACGAUUGCUAUCGCUCUUGUGGCGAUUUCUGUCUACUUGUACCACUUGACACUACAUCAAUCAGGUUGGCAAUGGUCGGAUGAAUUGAUUUGUGCUGUUUGGAGGGUCAUCUCCAGCUUCGUUUUCCUCAAGGAGACUGUUAUUGCGGUCUGGAUUCUUGUCGCCUCCCUUCUGAUGAGCCAUCCCUGGCAAGUUCUCGAGUACUACUAUGUAAGGAAUCCAUAUCUCGGUUCACAUCUUCUUCUCCUGUCUGUGAUUGUAAGAUUCAUGCCAGGAAGAAAGGCAUGGAACGAAUUGAGCAACUCUGAGAAAAUGGUCAACAAGCAGGCUUUCCAUCUGAUGUGUUUCCAAUUGCCAGUCCUCGCCAACGUGAUCUACUACUCGUAUGGAGGUGUGGGCCAUGGAACAAUGAUGCUUUCUUGGAUCUUCAUGAGCAUCUUCCUCCUCCCACUAUCGAUUCGUUAUUUGGAAAUGGUAGAACAAAUCAAGACAAGGCUUUUGGACGCAAAUGAAGAUGCAACUGGAUGCACCGAGAUGGGACCAUUGUGA